AUGAAAAUUGCUCUAUCUUACCCAAUUCCAGUUCUUCGCCAUGGCUCUGCUGCUGCCCUUACUGCUGUUUCGUCCUUGUCUUCUCGCGCUUACUGCAACCGCGAAAUCAAGAUGAUUCGUGCCAUGGCCAAACGCAAGAAGCCUGCGGAUUCCGAGAGUUCCACCGACCCACCUCCCAGAAUUACAUCAAAUGUGAAGCAGAACUUGCAAUUUCUUAAAAUUUGGAAGGAAAUUCAAAGGCGGAGCUCUAGUGCUCCAAGGCCUGCUACUAGUUACCGCAGGAAGAAGGUGGAGAAGGAAGAUCUGCCUCCAGAUACCCAGGAGAUUUAUCGUGAUCCAACCUUCACUCUCUAUCACACAAACCACAUUCCAGAUACUGUUGUCCCAGUCUUGCUUGUUGAUGGCUACAAUGUAUGUGGCUACUGGAUGAAGCUGAAAAAACACUUUAUGAACGGAAGGCUUGACGUUGCUCGCCAGAAGCUAGUCGACGAACUUAUAGCAUUCAGUGUGCAUAAAGAGGUGAAAGUGGUAGUUGUCUUUGAUGCGAUGAUGUCUGGACUGCCUACGCACAAAGAAACUUUUGCAUGUGUUGAUAUAAUAUACUCAGGUGAAACAUGUGCUGACUCGUGGAUCGAAAAGGAGGUUACGGCCUUGAGGGAAGAUGGCUGCCCCAAAGUGUGGGUUGUGACAUCCGACAAUAGUCAGCAACAUGCUGCACAUGGAGCAGGAGCCUUUGUCUGGAGUUGCAAAGCCUUGGUCUCUGAGAUUAAGGCGUCUCAGAAGGAGGUGGAAAGGAUGCUUGAAGAGCAAAGGCCGACCUCUUUCCAGGGGAAACUGUUAAAGCACAACCUUGACUCGGAAGUGGUGGACGCACUCAAGGACUUGAGGAACAAGCUGUACGAGGAUGAGCGAAGAAAGUAG